AUGACAAAACGUUCGCGCUCUGAGCCGACUGGCGAGGAUCUCCUCGCCACACGGCGGAAGCUCCCAAUCUGGUCGGCGCGGCGCGCUCUGCUCCGUGAGGUGGCCGCCGCAGAGACGCUCAUCCUCACUGGCGAGACGGGCUCGGGCAAGAGCACGCAGGUUCCGCAGUUCCUGCACGCCGCCGGCUACACCGAGGCCGGCGCAGUGGGCAUAACGCAGCCGCGCCGCGUCGCCGCCGUCUCUCUCGCGCGCCGCGUCGCCGCCGAGCAGGCCUGUCCCGUCGGCUCGCUCGUCGGCUACGCCGUCCGCUUCGACGAGAGUUUUGACCGGAGGCCUCCGAAGCGCGGCGGCACAGCCAUCAAAUUUGUGACCGACGGGAUGCUCCUGCGCGAGGCCGCCUCCGACCCGCUGCUCUCCGCCUACUCUGCGCUCAUCGUUGACGAGGCGCACGAGCGCUCCCUCGCCUCUGACGUGGUCCUGGCGCUGCUCAAGUCGGCCCAGGCGCGGCGCCGAUCGGCCAACGGAGGCGGCGCAGGCCCGCUGAAACUGGUCGUCAUGUCGGCGACGCUCGAGGUCGACACCUUUUGCGCCUUCUUUGACGGCGCGCCCGCGGUGCAGGUCCUGGGGCGAUCUCACCCGGUCGAGGUGCUCCACGCCGCGGAGCCGUGCGAGGACUACCUCGAGGCGGUGGUGACGACGGUGCUGCAGAUCCACCAGCUCGAGCCGGCCGGAGACGUCCUCGUCUUUCUCACUGGCGAGGACGACAUCUCCGCCGCCGCCGCCGCCAUCGAGGCGCGCGCGCGGCUGCUGCCGGCCACGUCGCCGACGCUGCUCCCGUUGCCGCUCUACGCCGCCCUCUCGCCAGCGGCGCAGAUGGAAGCGCUCGCUCCGGCUCCUCCGAACACUCGCAAGGCGCUUGCCAGGGCUCGCUUGCUUCACACGCCGGCGGUUCUCGCGACAAACAUCGCCGAGACGUCCCUCACCAUCGAGGGGGUCGUGUACGUCGCGUACCAUGCCGCCCGACGGGUCGACUCGCUGCUGCAGCUGCCAAUCUCGCGCGCCGCCGCGCUGCAGCGCGCCGGCCGCGCAGGCCGCGUCUCGGCAGGCAAGUGCUUCCGCCUCUACACCGAGCGCACCUUCGAGGCGCGGCCGCCCUCCUGCAACGCCCUCCUGCAACGCCCUCCUGCAACGCCCUCCUGCAACGCCCUCCCCUGCCGCCUUGCGCGCGCCUCCGUGGACGAUCUCGAGGAGGCCACGGCGCCCGAGGUGCUUCGCCGCUCCCUCUCGGCGACGGUGCUCUCCCUCCUCUCGCUCGGCGUCAAGGACGUGCUCUCCUUCGAGUUCCUGACCCCGCCACCCGCCGACGCGCUCGCGGCGGCGCUCGAGGCGAGCUCCUCGCACUGCGCGCCCUUGACAACAGCGGCGCGCUCACGGCGGACGGCCGCUUGCUCGCCCGGUUGCCGCUCGAGCCGAUCCACGGCCGAGCCUUGCUCGCCGCGCGGGGCGGGCGUGUCCUUGGGCCGAUGCUCUCCCUGCUCGGCGUGUUGCGCUCUCUUCCACUCGCCGCACUCGCACCGCGAGGCUGCCGACGAGUCGAGGCUCCGCUUCCGCUCUCCCGGCGGCGACACGCUCACCGCGCUGCACGUGGUGUCAGCGUACGACGCGGCGAGCGGCGGCGGCAAGGCGCGCGGCGAGGGCCGCCGCUGGGCCGAGGCCAACUUCCUCAACUGGCGCACUCUCGAGACGGCGGUGCAGGUGCGCACGCAGCUCGUCGCCACCGCGCGCAGGCUUGGCCUCGGCGACGGCGACGGGCGCGUGCCCGACGGGGUGGCGAGCGCCGCGCAACCGCUCAGCUCCGAGGAGUCGGUCGAGUUGCGCCGCGCGCUGGCCGCUGCCUUCUUCCUGCAGGCGGCGGUGCGUCGCCCGAGCGGGGACUAUGUGACCCUCGUCUCGAGGCAGACGGUCUCAAUCCACCCCUCGUCGGCCCUCUUCUCGCGCCGCGCGCCUUGCGUGCUCUAUAACGAGCUCGUCUUCACCACGCGGCUCUAUAUGCGCGACCUCACCACGAUCGAGGCCGCUUGGCUCGCGGAGGUGGCGCCGCACUUCUUCAAGAGCGGAGCGGCGGCAGCGGCGACAGGCGCCGCGCCCUCUGCGGGACAGCCGCGAAUGCGCAUCCACGGGGGCGGCAGCUUCAGGUGA